AAACGCAACAGCAACAACAACAAUAUUCGCAACUGUUAUUACAACAACAACAACAACAAGAAGAACAACAGGCGAGACGUUGAGGAAACAGCAGACAGCCCUCUCUGCGUGUGUUUUGUUUGUGUGCGUGUUUUGUUUCGGCCUAACCGGCAAGUGCAAAACAAAAAAAGUAAAAUACGAAAAGUGCCGCUCUCUUGCGCUGUGUAGCUCUGCCGUUCUGUCGCUCUUUGUCGUCGCUCUUCGUUGUGUGUGUGAGUGUAUUGGUGUUCGCACAGCUGUUUGGUGCAACAUGCAGCAGAGCUGCCUAAAAUCGUAGACACACACAAGCCAACCACACACAGACGCACACAUACACACACACACUCGUGCCCAGUCAGGUGCCACACUCAGGUGUCCAGUUUGCAUUUGCUCGCCUAAGACCGUAAAGAAUUUAAAAACAACAACAAACAUGUCAGGCAAUCCUUUCAACCAGCCGCUGCAGCUCAGCCUCUGCCUUUGCCUCUGCCUGUGCCUCAGCCUGGCUGUGGCCAAGCAUUUGGCAGCUGGUGUCGCCACUGACGGCGACAACUCGCUGGUGCACCACCAGCAUCAGCAUCAGCCGCAUCAACAUCAACAUAGCGCUGCAACGCAUCAUCGGCGUCGCCUGCAGCGGGACUCGCGCGCCAAGGAUUUAGCGCAGCAGCAGUGCGAAUCAGUCAAGGGUUACUUCGAAUCGAUCGACAUCAGGUCGAGUGGAGUUUUUAAUGAAAAAGGCGCCACUUGUGGUGGUAGCUGCUGCAGCAAUGCCACCGAACUGGAGCUGCGCCACAAGGCAGCUGGCAAAUUUGAGCAAUUGCUGCAUCAUCAUACAAGCAGCCUGCGUGGCAUACUGGAGACCACGGCCAGCCAAUUUCAGAAUCACGUCGUGGAGCUGGCCGAGCAGUCGGAGAACAAGACAUUGAAUGUUUUCUCGCAGGUUUACAGACGCAUGGAGCCGCUGUCUCGCAUGCUCAUACAACAGCUCUACACGGAAAUCAUCAACCAUUUGAAGUACACGUCGAACUACAGCAGCAAUAAUGGCCAGGGCAAUAGCAUUUUGAAUAGCCAGAGCAGCUUGGAGAGUGCACUGCACAAGUUCUUUGAGAAUCUGUUUCCCGUUGCCUACCAUCAGGCGGUGCACCUGACCAAGGAUAAUUAUGGCGAGCUGCACGACGACUAUACGAAUUGCCUGAAGCACAACUAUGAUGACUUGCAGCCCUUCGGGCAGAUACCCAAGGAGAUUCAGACCAAUCUGCUGCAGAGCGUGCACAUGUCCAACAUCUUUAUGAGCGCCCUGCUGCAGAGCGCCAAGGUGCUCAGCGAAACGGAUGCGCUCUACGGCAAACAGCUGACAGAGACCUGCAAGCUGCAUCUGCUCAAGAUGCACUAUUGCCCCAACUGCAACGGGCAUACGGAGCGCAGCAGGCCAAAGGUCUGCUACAGCUACUGCAUGAAUGUGAUGCGCGGCUGCUCGGCUCAGUACUCGGGCUUGCUGGACGGACCCUGGGUUGGUGUUGUGGAGGGCCUGGACAAUCUGGUGACUGGCCACAUACGCUCGGAAAGCGGCAUUAUGAACACCAUUAAACAACUGGACACCAAACUGUCCGAGGCUAUUAUGAGAGCCAUGGAAAAUGGACCAGAGUUGGAAAAGAAGGUGAAGAAGACAUGCGGCACGCCCAAUUUGCUGCCCUCGCUGACCGCUGCAGAGACACAGCCAUUGCAGCAACACGUGAGCACCAAAUGGGCAAUGUCGCCAGAGGCUGGCAUUCUGCACUUCCUGUCAACCAUUCAAAAGUCCAAGGACUUCUUUACCAACAUCGUGUUCAACUUCUGUGAUGAGGAAUACACACAGGGCGACGAUCAUCUCUGCUGGACCGGAGAUCGUGUUGGGGACUACACACAGCUGCUGAUUAUGCCCGGCGAGGACAGGCAACGCUACAACCCUGAGGUGCCCUGGGAGAAUCAAUCGCAGCUGAGCAAAAUCAAUGAGCUGGUGGACAAACUGCUGAAGAUACGCAAGAGCAUUGGCGUGACGGCGCCUGUGAGCAAUAAUCAUGACAUACAGAGUGACAUGGGUCGCGAGGGCUCCGGAGGUGGCGGUGGCGGCGGCGUUGGCGGCGGAGUUGGCGGUCACAUCAGCGACGAUGAGGAGGAGUAUAGCAGCAUACACGGCUCGGGCGAUGGCUCCGGUGAUGGUCCCAUCUCGAACACCGACGAUCCAUUGGGCAGCACGCCCAACACCUUUGAUGGCGAGUCGCGCGACAACUCGAAGGGCGCGUCCAGCGCACUGACAGCCACUGCGACAAGCCUGCUUCUCACACUAGUCACACUCUAUAGUAGUUGUAGUUAAAGCAGCACCCAAAUCCCAAAAAAAAGCAAAACAAAACAAGAAA